AUGAGCCAGUCUAUCAUCGACACGGCAAUUUACUAUACUCUUGGCUGUGCUCUUGAUUGUACUGCACUCCGACAAUGGGUUCACCAACGACGUGUUUCGUUGGUGGAACCAGUAAAGGGGAUAUGCUCCACACUCCUCUGUCCUACAAGGCCAAACCGACCCGGUGGCUGGUCCGUGAAAGUCGGCUUCCUCACAAUCAAUUGCCUUGCAAUUGAUGGAGGUGAUGGAGGUGUGGGACGGCAGAACGUAACACCCGGAAGUGGUGCAGAAACCGUUUGA